GAACGAAUGCCCUAAUACACAAUAAACAAGCAAUGAAUAUGAACUGCCUUAAAAAAUUCCUCAAACCUUUCCAGAGACUUCUAUUCUCGUGUAAAAUAACGCGUGCCAGAUUUACCUUCAGAAAAACUCACAAAAUUCGUACCGUCGAAGAUUUUGAGUUUGGAGCAUCAAUGGCGUCCUCGGAUCUGGUGGCAAAGGCAAAAGAAGCGUUCAUAGAUGACCACUUCGAGCUAGCCGUUGACCUAUACUCUCAAGCCAUUUCCUUGAGCCCUAACAACGCCGAACUAUUCGCCGACCGUGCUCAGGCCAAUAUUAAGCUUCAAAACUUCACUGAGGCUGUUGCUGAUGCAAAUAAAGCUAUCAGGUUGGAUCCUAAUAUUUCAAAAGCUUAUCUGCGUAAAGGCAUGGCAUGCAUCAAGCUUGAGGAGUACCAGACUGCUAAGGCAGCUUUGCAAAUUGGUGCCUCUUUGGCACCUGGAGAUUCCAGGUUCACUAACUUGAUCAAAGAGUGUGAUGAGCGCAUCAGCGCAGAGCAAGCUGAAGAAUUGCCUAAAAAAUCUGUUGACAAUGCUCCACCAGUUGUGGUGGCUCCAACAGUUGGCUUGUCUAGCCAAGGACGGACGAUGCCGCCUUCUAAGCCAAAAUACAGGCAUGAGUUCUAUCAGAAGCCAGAGGAAGUGGUGUUAACAAUAUUUGCAAAGGGCAUACUGGCAAAAAAUGUUGUGGUUGACUUUGGUGAACAGAUACUCAGUAUUAAAAUCGAAGUGCCUGGUGAGGAAGCAUAUCAUCUUCAACCUAGGUUAUUUGGAAAGAUAGUUCCUUCAAGAUGCAGGUAUGAAGUCAUGUCAACGAAAAUUGAGGUCCGUCUUGCCAAGGCAGACACUGUACACUGGACGUCUCUUGAGUACCAGAGAGAUGCUACUGUUCUGCAGAAAGCAAAUGUAUCACCAGGCACUCAGAAACCCACAUAUCCAUCUUCGAAACCCAAGAGAGAAAAGGAAGAGAAACUCGAUGGUGAUGCGGCUCUGAACAAGUUCUUUAGAGAGAUAUACAAAGAUGCAGAUGAGGAUACUAGGCGAGCCAUGAGCAAAUCUUUUGUUGAAUCAAAUGGAACCGUGCUAUCAACAAAUUGGAAAGAAGUUGGUUCAAAGAAGGUCGAAGGAAGCCCUCCCGAUGGCAUGGAGGUGAAGAAAUGGGAGUACUGAAAUCUUGUCUUUGUGCAUGAACUUGUUCAUAUUUCGUUUAGCUCAGUCCAAGUUGAGUUUUCCAAAGAAUUUCAAGUUGAUUUUGCUUUUUGUUGGAGAUGUGCCUUAAAUUUGAACAUUGUGUUGAUCUUGUUCAGUUUUCGUUUUGGUUUUUAGUAUUUAUCUGACUAUUUUGGUUAAAAGUCUGAAAUGUAUGUUGAGUUCUCUGUCGAGUUAUUGGGUUGUUAUGGAGGGUCCUUGUCUUCUUGACAAGACAAUACUUUAGCAUAACAAAGCUUUGGGGAUAUCUUAUGGCUCGGGUUGCUAAUUGCUAGAAGUUAGUGAAUCUAUAUUCAUCGUGAUUUUGUCCAAUUGCUCCCCAAAUGUCAUUUUGUU